CGCGUGACAACAAGAUGGCGGUGCCGCGGGACGGCUCCUUGGCCCUGCCUGGGAGUUCCUGACAACUAAAAUCUAGAAGAACUAUGAGCUCACCUUUGUCCUCCCUUGGCAAGACCCGGAAAGUGCCCCUGCUGUCGGAGACUGUGAAUUCAGGGAGGCGAGGGAUAAAACUCUACGGAAACGAAGAUGCAGUGAACGUGCUGAAUGAUGGACAAGACUCAGAGGAAAACUUCUCCAUCCCUUCCUGCUAUGGUGGCAUAGGAGCUCCUGUGGGUAGGCAAGCUGCUGGGUCCCAAAAUGGGGAGCUGCUGACCACCAUGGCAAGGAAGGUGCAGGACCUGGAGGAGCUGGUGAAGACCCAGGCUGACCAGAUGCUGUCCAAGGAUGAGAAAAUACAGGCCCUUGAGGAGUUGGUGGAGAUCCUCCAGGAGCAGAAGGGCAAGAUGUCCCUGCAGCGGCAGGAGGAGCUGGAGACGCUGUGCGAGCAGCUGCGGCGGCAGGUCGGGGAGAUGGAGCGGUUCCUCGGUGACUAUGGUCUGCAGUGGGUGGGCGAGCCCAGGGACCAUGAGGACUCGGAGGACAUGACCAGCUCAGAGGAUGACAAGGACUGGAUGAUAGCCAAGAAGUUCUGGAAGCCAGCGGAUUCAUUGGUGCCCCCUGAAGUGGACUUUGACAGGCUGCUGGCCAGCCUGAAGGAUCUCAGUGAGCUGGUGAUAGACGGUGACACCCAGGUGACGCCAAUGCCCAGUGGGCUCCAUGAUCUUGAGCCCAUCCCACUGAAGCUGUACCGGAACGGCAUGAUGAUAUUUGAUGGGCCCUUCCGAUCAUUCCAUGAUCCCUCCACACAGAGCUGCCUCCGAGACAUAUUGGACGGCUUCUUCCCUGCAGAGCUCCAGCGCCUGUACCCUGAUGGGGUCCCCUUUAAGGUGAGUGACCUGCGCAAUCAGGUUUACCCAGAGGAUGGGCUGGACCCAUUCCCAGGUGAGGGCCGAGUGACAGGCAUGCAGAGGAUUCGCAAGCCCCCACUCAUGGAGCACCCAGGUUCCAGGAUGACCCCUGAGAAGUUUCUGAACAGGCUCCCCAAAUUUGUGAUCCGUCAAGGCGAGGUGAUUGACAUCCGGGGCCCCAUCCGGCAUGCCCUGCAGAACUGCUGCCCAUGGCCUCUUCCGGUCCAGGAGAUCAUGGUGGAGACGCCUGCCUUGGCUGCUGAGCGUGAGAGGAGCCAAGAGUCUCCCGAGUCGCCUGUGCCCCCGCUCUCCGUGCUGCGCAUCAAGUCUGAGAACGGCGAGCAGGCCUUCCUGCUGAUGAUGUGGCCUGAGGAUACUGUCGGUGACGUGAGAGCCCUGCUAGCCCAGGCCAGGGGCAUGGACCCAAACGCCUUCGAGAUCGUCAGUGCGUUCCCGCCCAAAGUCUACCGCGAGGAUGAGCUCACGCUGCAGGCCGCAGGACUGGUGCCCAAUGCAGCUCUGCUACUGCGGCCGAGCCGGGCCCUGCCGCCCGCCACUGGACCCCAACCAAGCUCCCAACCCAAAUAAAGCGCCCGCCCCCAACA